UUGGGCGAGGUGUAGAAAUCUUCUUGUUUCGUUACGAAGAAGUGAAAAAUUGGACGGCAGAUAUCAUGGACAAUAGAGCUGACAACACAUUGAAAGAAACGAAGUCUAUGUCUAAUUUAAGAGGGAGAUAGGGAAUAGGAACCUUCAUAGAAAGCCAGCACCGGACAAUUUAAGCAAUUCCCUUCUGCCAAAAGGAUUACGUCUAUCCACCGAAUCCCUUAUCGCUCCUACAUCUGCACCUUCCUAGAAACUGUUAGAUUGAGAAAAUAAAAAUAAAUAAUAUAAACCCAUCCAAAAAAAAAAAAAAAACAAUAUAUAGUAAUACCAAUUAGGAUUAAAUAUAAGCGGUUAUACUUACACUUUACACCACCAUAAAUAGAAAAAAUAAAAUCUUCACAUCAUAAUGAAUCGAACCGUCCAUUUUAAUAGAAGAUGAUCUUAGAGACUUGAUUAUUACACUCCUUUGGCGAAAUGGAUUCGGGUGUCACAUCAUCCCAUCAAAUGGUGUGAAAGCUAGAGAAAGUGAUGAAACUUUGCAUGCUCGUAAAGGCUUCGCUAGUUCUUUAUAUAACCCGCUCCAUUGGUGCAAAGUCCACAGUGCGCAAUCCUUGUCCCUCAAUAUUGUUUUUUCUGUUUUUGUUAGACCACUCGAGGAGAAAAAAAGGUUCUCAUGGAAAACAAGGGAAUGAACGGAAGAACUACGACAACAACAAGAUGCGAGUACGAGGAUUUGUUACCUGUGAUGGCCGAAAAACUCGACGUGGAAGCUUUUGUGUCUGAAUUAUGUGGAGGGUUUCGGCUUCUAGCCGACCAGGAAAAAGGGUUGAUAACGCCUGAGAGUCUGAGGAGAAAUUCAGCACUUCUAGGGACGGAAGGGAUGAGCAAAGAGGAAGCAGAAGGGAUGGUUAGAGAAGGUGAUCUUGAUGGAGAUGGGGCACUUAACCAGACUGAGUUCUGCAUCCUGAUGGUGAGACUUAGUCCUGGAAUGAUGGAGGAUGCUGAGACGUGGCUUCAGAAGGCGAUUGAUCAGGAACUAAGCAAAUCCUCGUCUUGAUUUUUUUUUUUUAACUGUAUUUGUAUUUGGCGCAUUACAUUUAUCAUAUUGUACUGCAAGGUUUUAUUAUUAAUUAAAAUGAUUAUGACUUAUGAUCCAGUUGAUGAUCUGGGUAGGGAACAUGCACGCUGAGUUAUUAGUGGGUAUUGGGUAAAGAAAAA